CAACAUUGUGCGCAUGCUGGACAGCGUAGAGACGGAGCGAGAGGUAAGAGACACCCCAACACUGUGCGCAUGCUGGACAGCGUAGAGACGGAGCGAGAGGUAAGAGACACCCCAACACUGUGCGCAUGCUGGACAGCGUAGAGACGGAGCGAGAGGUAAGAGACACCCCAACACUGUGCGCAUGCUGGACAGCGUAGAGACGGAGCGAGAGGUAAGAGACACCCCAACACUGUGCGCAUGCUGGACAGCGUAGAGACGGAGCGAGAGGUAAGAGACACCACAACACUGUGCGCAUGCUGGACAGCGUAGAGACGGAGCGAGAGGUGGUGGUUGUGACGGAAUACGCGGAGGGAGAAUUGUUCCAGAUCCUGGAAGAUGAUGGUAAUCUGUCGGAGGAUCUGGUGAGAGACGUCUCUGGACAGCUUGUGUCCGCCCUCUACUACCUCCAUUCUCAUCGCAUCCUCCACCGAGACAUGAAACCGCAGAACAUUCUACUGGGGAAGGACGGGACCGUCAAACUCUGCGACUUCGGGUUUGCUCGGGAGCUGAGUCUGGAUACCCUCAUGGUGCGCUCCAUUAAAGGGACCCCGUUGUACAUGUCACCAGAGCUGGUCCUAGAACGUCCGUACGACCAUCGCUCCGACCUCUGGGCACUGGGCUGUAUCGUCUAUGAGCUACUGGUGGGCACCCCCCCCUUCUAUACCCACAGCAUCUUCCAACUGGUCAGCAUCAUCACCCAGCAGCCGGUGCGAUGGCCAAAGGAGGUCUCCCCAGAACUGAAGGAUUUCCUCCAGGGUCUCCUCACAAAGGACCCGACUCUACGACUGUCAUGGCCGACACUGCUGAGACAUCCCUUCAUUAAAGACAAAGUAAUGGUAUUGGAGGACGGCACUGCUGGAAGUCCAUUCACCUCUCCACUGACAGAUGAGCAGCAGCAGCUCCGUGACAGACUGUGUGAGAGCGCCGGGCAGGCCAGCGCACAUUCCCGCAUCCUGAGCAAAGCAAGACAACGCGUGGCCAAGAGAAAGGAGGGGAAAGCGGGCACCAACCAGGGAGAAGCAGAUCGUGGUGACGGUGAGGAGUCGGGGGUUGGGCACACAGGAGUUGGGAGUCUCUCUGCAUUAGCUAGGGGGAACCCCAUAUCUCAGGACUAUGAGAAGGAAUUUGUCCGGGAGAAGAGGCAAAUGCACAGCAUUGAAGUGGUCCACCUGGAGAACGAGGACAGCGACGAUGAAUGGUCCGCACUACUGGAAGCUACUGACCCGUCUGUGGCCCAGCUGAGUACCCCCUUCCUUCUCCUCCGCGACCCCAACUUCAGGAAGAAAGUCCAUGGCCGGCUACGGGACUGCAACCCUCCGGUGUCGCUGGAAGCUGUAUCGCGCCUUCGUCCAGCUGUCCGUGUCAUCUGUAACCUCCUCUCAUCGACCUGUGACCCAGCCCUGCUCUCUGACCUCUGUGAGGAGCUACAGAUCCCUCAUUUCCUUCUGCAGCUGAUCAGCCAAUCCGUGAAGGAGGAUGUGCGGCAGUGUUCGUGGACCUCGUCCUUCCUCUCGGAUCUCUUCCUUCUUCUGAACUCUUACUACUGUUUCCGGAGUCAUCCAGAGGCGUCACGCGCUCUACAGAACUGUUCGGGGGAUUUCCUGGGAGUCCUGCGGAUCAUCUUCUCCUUUCCCCCCAGUGAUGAGGAUGUCUUGGUGGAGAGGAGUUUGGAGUGUUUGGUGUCCCUCUGUGCCAGUGCCAGCUAUGGGGCCCCAGCGGACUGCGCUCAACUCUUCACCAGCCUUCUGUCUGAUUAUAAAGAUGUAUUGGACGCCAUCAUUGAGCGGACCCAGCGCCUGAGGCAAGAGACCUCCGGAGAGGGACGUUGGUUGAGUCUCUACUUUCAUGUCCUAGCAGCUGUAUGUGACGUCCCCGUGUCCACUCCUCACCGCCUGCUAAAGGAAAAGGUCUGUAUGUAUGUCUCGGACAGGUUGUUGUCCGGCUCCGGCACUCUCUUCUCCUGCUCAUCAUCUGACUCUCAGCUCACUCUCAGCCAGCUGAAGGUUCUGUAUGCUUGUUGCCAUGUUAGUGUGGGGUUCUGCCAGCGUCUGCUAGAUGACGGUCCUGCCAUUCAGUCUGUGGUGUCCUGUGUGGAGGGAGAGGUCCAUCUCUGGGAUGUCUCUCGUAUUCACAUCACAGAAGUGUCCGUCUUCCUGGUGUCGGUCCUCGCCCUCCGUCUGCAGUCCCUCCCGGACACGUUGUCACCAGCAGGGGGCGCCCUCCCCCGUCUUCUGACCUGCGGUGUUCCGUCUCUUGUGGCGGCGGCUACCGUGCUGGCGGCGUCUCUCCAUGACUGCGGGGAGGGGGACCUCGUGUCCCAGGAAGUCCUACUCAGCGCCAUGAGAACCGGCCUCUCCGAGACCACGCCGGUCAGUGUCUGCCCUCCUCUGGGGUCCGGAUUACAUGACUGGAUCUUCCACCUUCUACUCCAACACCUUACCCAGGAUGAGGAGCUGAUUGCCACCCUGUCAGACGAGGGGCCCUUGCUGUGGCGCAGUGUCUGGCUCCUCUUAGGAUUUGGAAGCCCCAAAACGCGUCUGGAAGGGGACACUCCGCGGGGGAGUGACUGCAAACCACCCGACUGGAGCCUGCUGUCUGUGCGUGGGGUGGUCACCUUCCUCCAUGUGGCGCUCAUGAUCUCCAUGAAGUCUCUGGAGAGUUUCCUCCUUCUGCUGGGAAAGCCACAAAGUGUUGUGAUUGGUGUGCUGAAUCGUCUGCUGAGCCCCGCCUUCCUGGGUCAUGUGACAGAAGCCUGUCAGGUGAACGGAUGGGAUGUCUCCGGGACGCUCUCCGAUGUCGUCUGUCUCGUCUCUCAGUUACUCUGCAUCCCCUUUUCCCAGGACGUCCCCCCUGAGACCAUGAGGGAGAUAGAGGGGUCCCUCCAACAGCAGCACAUCGUCACUUCCCUCCUACAGGCAUGCACCAGACUUCCCGCAGACUUGGUGGAGAUGCCGUUGUGUCUGAUUUGCCGGUUGGUGCUAAUGGAAAAUACCUUUCUCUCAGAAUUUGCCAUCUAUGUCCUGUCUUCUGAUGAUGCCACCUCCUGGUUGGGGCGAGCCUUGCACUCCGGACUGGACAAUGUCGUCAUUCAGCUCCUGACCCUCUUGAGUCAUUUGAUCCGAGCCUCUCCGGCCAACCUCCACCUAGUGCAAACCAUGUUAGAGGACUGGGACCCUCUUCUGUGCGCUCUUCUCCAGACCCCACAGACGGAGAUGAAGACUGCGGCCUGUACACUGCUCGGUAAUCUGGCACGUCAUGGCGAAUCGGUUUCAGCAACUCUGCUGGAGAAACUGCUGGACUGUCUUUCUGACAGAGACACCAGAGUGAGAAGAUCUGCAGCCUUCGCUGUGGGAAACUGCGCCUUCCACAAGUCCUGUGCGGAAGACUCCUGGCUAUCGGCUGCCGCCACUAAAUUCCUCUCAUUAUUGAAAGAUCCCCAAGCCAAAACCCGAGUUCAUGCAGCCAAUGCCCUGGGGAACCUCGGCUCCACCGAAACAACACGUGCUCAUCUGCUCACCCGUAAGGUGCCACAGCUGCUUCUCCACUCGGCGUGUACAGACCAGGAGGAACCCGUCCGGCUGGCCUCCCUUAUCGCUCUACGGAGCCUCAGCGGCAUCUCUGAUGUACGGCAGCAUUUGGUGGCUCUCAAUGCUGAGGAGAAGCUGUCGGCAUCCAUGACUUGUGAACAGAGGAGGCCGUCGCCUAGAAGAGCUUCUCUGUCCCAUCACUGUAGAAGACUCCUCCACCAACUGACCUCCCAGAGCGUCUGAAUUCCACAUGUCCAGUCCAUGUAGUAUGAGAGAGUCCAUGUUGUGUGUGUGUGGGAUUCGGAGUCUGGUCCAUAUUGUGUGUGGCGCUCAGAGUGCGGUCGGUGCGGUAUGAGAGGGUGCGGUCGGUGCGGUAUGAGAGGGUACGGUAUGAGAGGGUGCGGAAUGAGAGGGUGCGGUUGGUGCAGAAUGAGAGGGUGCGGUAUGAGAGGGUGCGGUAUGAGAGGGUGCGGUCGGUGCGGUAUGAGAGGGUGCGGAAUGAGAGGGUGCGGUUGGUGCAGAAUGAGAGGGUGCGGUAUGAGAGGGUGCGGUCGGUGCGGUAUGAGAGGGUGCGGUAUGAGAGGGUGCGGUCGGUGCGGUAUGAGAGGGUGCGGUAUGAGAGGGUGCGGUCGGUGCGGUAUGAGAGGGUGCGGUAUGAGAGGGUGCGGUCGGUGCGGUAUGAGAGGGUGCGGUAUGAGAUGGUGCGGUCGG